AAACCGGUACUCUGCUCAUCGCUCAGCUACAUCUCCGCAGAAGCUCUCUCAGCCGGCCGGUUAGCAUCAUCAUGGCGAACGUCGCGGACACUCGGCUGUACGACAUACUCGGAGUUUCACCUUCUGCUUCCGAGAAUGAACUAAAAAAGGCCUAUCGCAAACUGGCCAAAGAGUACCACCCUGACAAAAAUCCAGAUGCUGGAGACAAGUUCAAAGAAAUUAGUUUUGCUUAUGAGGUACUGACUAACCCAGAGAAGAAGGACCUUUAUGAUCGCUGUGGAGAGCAGGGACUACGGGAGGGAGGAGGAGGAGGGCCUGGCAUGGAUGAUAUUUUCUCCCACAUUUUUGGAGGAGGACUCUUUGGGUUCAUGGGCGGACAGGGCAGAGGACGCAAUGGAGGAAAAAGGAGAGGAGAGGAUAUGGUACACCCUCUGAAAGUUUCACUUGAAGAUCUGUACAAUGGCAAAACCACAAAACUGCAGCUUAGUAAGAAUGUGUUGUGUAGUGCCUGCAAUGGUCAGGGGGGUAAAGCUGGAGCGGUGCAGAAGUGUGUACCAUGCAGAGGAAGGGGUAUGAGGAUCAUGAUCAGACAGCUGGCCCCAGGAAUGGUUCAGCAGAUGCAGUCAGUCUGCACAGACUGCAAUGGAGAGGGCGAGGUUAUAAAUGAGAAAGACCGUUGCAAAAAGUGUGAGGGUCAGAAGGUGUGUAAGGAGACUAAACUUCUGGAGGUUCAUGUGGACAAAGGCAUGAAACACGGACAGAAGAUCACAUUCUCUGGGGAAGCUGACCAAGCUCCAGGCGUGGAACCUGGAGAUAUAGUUCUGGUGCUUCAAGAGAAGGAGCAUGAGGAAUUCCGACGUGAAGUCAAUGACCUUCACAUGGUCCAGCGCAUCGGACUUGUUGAAGCUUUGUGUGGCUUCCAGAUGACCAUUACACACCUGGAUGGACGGCAGCUGCUUAUCAAAUACCCACCUGGCAAAGUCAUCGAGCCAGGUUGCGUUCGAAUGGUGAAAGGAGAGGGAAUGCCCCAGUACAGAAAUCCAUUUGAGAAAGGAGAUCUUUAUAUCAAGUUUGAUGUUCAGUUCCCAGAAAACAACUGGAUUAGCCCUGAAAAACUGAAUGACCUGGAGAACUUGCUACCUGUUCGUUCAGACAAUCCUGACAUCGCUCCAGAUGCAGAGGAAGUCGACCUGACAGAUUUUGACAGGAGUCAGAGUUCUGGCAGCGGGGCGAGGAGAGAGGCCUACAACGAUAGUUCUGAUGAGGAAGGGGGCCACCAUGGCCCAGGGGUGCAGUGUGCACACCAAUAGACUCGUACAAAGACUUGCAUACAAACAUUGUUUCAGUUCCAUUGCUAAUACCAUUUCAGACUUGUUGCACAUAGUCAUUUAUCCCCCUUCAUGAUUUCAGUGAAAAAGGAGUUACAUAAAACCCAAAUAAAAGUAAAAAUAAAUAAAUGAAACCCUCCUCAGCUCCAUUUAUCCCUCCACCUCCCCAGAGAUGCUGGAUGUGUGAUGCUUGUUUUGCGUUUUGUGGACAGUAGUGCUUAUCGGUUGUCUCAACUUGGACUGUUUCUGUUUUAAUUUUAAGCUUUUCUCUUUACUGCGGAAAGCACCAAAGUAGUGUUGUUUGAUCCGUUACAUGCAAGCGCAUGCACCUUCUUGCUAAAGAUCUAGAUUAUGUAGAUCCUCAGUCCAGACACAAAAUAGAAAUCGUCACGCCUGCAGACAGUUGAGUGUGUUCCUGCUAGCUAAGUGCCCCGUCGCUACAUGAGCCAACCCGAUUCCAUCUCUGCACAGCCUGCUGUCAGCCAACCUUUAACCCACCUCUCCUGUUCAGUUUGUCGCUUGCUUGUUAAAAAAAACAUGAGCUUUACCCAGUUGUGAAUGUUUGAAACUACAGACUUUGCGAUGAUCUUUGUUGAAAUUAAUGACACACUUUGUAUGUGUGAAAUGCAGUGGCUCAGUGUGUGUGAACUGGUAGAAUGUUAGCUUAAUAGGCUGGUAGGUAUUCCUGCUUUGCGGUGAACUGCAGUGAGAAUGGAUAUCUAAUCUAUGUAGUUGAUGAUUGGGGGGGGCGAAAAGGAAUGUUUUUUUUCUCUGAUGUAGCGCUUUCCGCUCUCCUCACUGGGAGCUCCUCUUGUCUCGCGUCACACCAAAACCUUCUGUAUUUGACAUCUCUACCAGUAGUAGUUCCUAGCUAAUCUAAUGUUCUUUCUUCUCAGCCUAAUAUGCCUGUAAAUAAAUACAAGUCCUGUUCCAUAGGUGCACUCAGUGUUUACAGCAGUGGUGUUCUGUUGUCACAACCUUUUACACAAGUGAGCAACAUAAUUGUUCUGUUCACAUCAAGGAAGAUUAAUGGAGCUUCUGUAAAAUCUUCACAUAGGCCUCUGGUUCAUUGUGUGAUUGACCUCUGGGGAUAACUAUCUACACACACUUAAAGGAGUUAUUAAUUACAUUACUGUUGAUGCUUAUGUUUGUCAAAAUGGUAAUUAAAAUGUAUAUUGACAAUG